AUGAAAAUCACCCACCUAAGCGACCUAACCCCUCCCUCCCUGGAACGAACCUGGCUCACAGCUCCACACCCAACCCUCCCAAUCCUCGCAACAUGCAGCACAGACAAGACUGUCCGAAUUUACUCCCUAAGCAACUUUACCCUUCUCUCAACAAUCACAGGUGGCCACAAACGCUCGGUCCGCACAGCCGCCUGGAAACCACACAGCUCGGGCGAAUCCGUCCUCGCAACGGGCAGUUUCGAUGCUACAGUUGGCAUUUGGCGACGAUGGGAUAAUUACGGGCAGAAAGACGGUGUUGUGCCACAAGCUGAGACCUCUGAUGCGGAGUCGGCAGAAGACUGCGAAGAAGAAGAGGAGUGGCGGUUUGCUGUUCUGCUCGACGGUCAUGAUAGUGAAGUCAAAUCUGUUUCGUGGUCUGCUUCUGGAAUGUUACUUGCUACUUGUUCUCGGGAUAAGAGUAUUUGGAUCUGGGAGGAUCUUGACGAUGGCGAUAAUAAUUUCGAGACCGUUGCUGUGAUGCAGGAGCAUAGCGGCGAUGUGAAAUGUGUUUCUUGGCAUCCCUCAGAAGAAUGUCUCGCUAGUGGAAGCUAUGACGACAGUAUCCGGAUUUGGAGGGAGGAUCUGGAUGAUUGGGGCCAAGUUGCUUGUAUCAAGGGGCAUGAGGGGACAGUUUGGUUUUUGGAAUGGGAGGGCGUUGAUAAUAUGCCGGCCUCUUCUUCUUCUGAAGCGUCAGCCGAGAUCGAGAAGACUCAAUGGCGCGAUCAACGCUCCCUUUCUGGUCCCCGCUUGCUUUCCUGCUCAGACGACAAGACCGUUCGUUUGUGGAGACGUCAACCGAAGGAGACGAACCAGGGAGCUCUUUCUUCCGCGUCCACGGGCAUUCCCAGUAUUAUUCGGCCGAUGGGCAGUGAUGAGGUUUGGGAAGAAGAUGCUUUGCUUCCUCAUGCCCAUGAAUUGGCUGUUUAUGCUGUUGCUUGGAGUAAGCGGAGUGGGCUUGUCGCUUCUACGGGGGCUGAUGGGCGCAUUGCGCUUUAUCAGGAGCGGUUCGUGCAGACUUCGGCUGAUCCUGAUGCUAUGGAUACGUCUGAGGUGCGCACGGAAUGGGUGCUUGUUGCGGUGAAGGAUGGGGCGCAUGGAAUCUAUGAGAUUAAUCACGUUGCUUGGGCGAAGAGGGCGGACGGUGAAGCUGGAGAGGAAGAAGAGAUUCUUGUUUCUACGGCUGAUGAUGGGAGUGUCAAGGUGUGGACUGUGGGAUGA